CUCUUCAUUGACAAAUUCCUUGUUUCAUUGAAACAUCAUAUAGUAUGUUAACUGUUCUAGAUUUUCACAGGAAAACGCAUGCAUACUCAUUGAUAAAUAAAAUCAUUUUCGAUCUGAAAAAACGCAUCGCACUUUGAAUUUUCAUCACGAGUACUGUGAACUACGAAUUAGUGGUGACGGAAAUACUUUUCAGCGCCAUCUUGCCUCGUAACUUCUAAUUCGUCAGUACCUGUGAAUGGACUUGUCAUAAGUGUUUUAUAUUAUUUUGCUUCUUAUUUCGGUUAAAAUUAGUGCAUUAAAUUUCCAGUAUACAUUACGUUUUACGCUAACCAAUAUCUGAAGUAAAUCGAACAAGUGCAGAAUUACGAAGAAGUCACGCCCGAGCAUGAGAAAGCACAGAUAGAGUUUCGAAAUUGACAUAUCACGUAUUUUCACAGAUUUAGCCUUGCACUUAAGUUGGUUUUAAUAACAAGGCUUUCUUGAGGACAAAUAAAUAUCCUCCAAUUCGUAAAUUGUUCUGGAGUUUUCUGUAUUUGUGGACAAGAAGUAGCUUCAUCAGCAACACCAGCCAUAUUUCAUAUGCCAACAAUGGCUAUGCAGAAGAUGAGAAGACAAGGUCAGGACGUCAUGCAGGUGAAUUUGGCAGGUAUUAGGCGAGAUAUUGUUAAUCUCGCUCACAAUUAUAGUAAUGCACAGAAAGCUGUACGAAAAGCCACCAGUAAUGAUCCUUGGGGUCCAAGUAGUACACUUAUGGCAGAAAUAGCUGAUUUAACUUAUAACGUUGUUGCUUUUACCGAAAUUAUGCAAAUGUUAUGGAAGCGAUUAAACGAUCAUGGAAAAAAUUGGCGGCACGUGUACAAAGCUUUAAUCCUUUUAGAGUACCUUAUUAAAACAGGCACAGAGAAAGUUGCACAGCAAUGUAAAGAAAAUAUUUUUGCCAUUCAAACUUUGAAAGAUUUCCAGUAUAUGGAAGGAUCUAAGGAUCAGGGGGUGUAUGUCCGGGAGAAAGCAAAGCAACUAGUGGCCUUAUUAAAAGAUGAUGAAAGACUAAGAAACGAAAGGGCUAGAGCACUGAAAGCAAAAGAGAGAUUUGCACAAUCAGUUAGUGGAUUUGGUAGCGAUGGAUUAGAUACUAUGUCUCCUGUUAGCAGUGAUUUUCAGGAUUGGGAACCGUGCCGUUUAGGAUCUGAAUCUACGGCUAGGCGUACAAGUAAACCUGAACUGGAAGCUGCAAGACCGCAAACGGUCGGGGAAGAAGAAUUGCAGCUACAAUUAGCUCUUGCAAUGUCUAGAGAAGAAGCCGAACAAGAAGAACAAAGAAGACGUAGCGAUGAUGUUAGAUUACAAUUAGCUCUUAGUCAAAGUCAACAAGAUUUUAAAGCCCCGCAAACUGAAAAACAAAGUCAUAUGCUAGAUUUAUUGGAUGUAAACUUGGAAGAAGCAUGCGGAUAUAAUGUAAAAACUGAUCCGUGGGGCAUACCGAUCACAGCACCUCCGCCCAGACCUCAGCAACAAAACGAUCCAUGGAGUGCUCCUACAACGAGUAGUACCUCGCCUGCAAUCGAUCCAUGGACUCCUGUUCCACCGCAAAGACCAACUGCUGCAAUUGAUCCGUGGCGAGCACCCCCUUCAUCACCCGUGACGGUUACAUCUUCACCUAGCACAGAUCCUUGGUCUCCUCUACCUUCUACUACUGCUACCGCUACCACCACUACUGAAGCUGAUGCAAAUAAGAAACAGGCUGAUCGAGAAGGUAUAACAUCUACUUCUCCAGCUUUUAACAAUUCCACUUUAACACAGAAUAUUGGUUUUGCGGCACAGUCGCCCCAAAAUAUAGGCUUUAAUUUGCCUACCACUUCAAGUGCUACUUUCAAUACUACUAGCAAUGGCUUCAAUGGUACUGGGCCUAGUCUUAACAAUUUCCCUCUUGGAAAUCAAAAUAGUUCUGCAGCCAGUCCGCUGAACGAUUUAGAUGAAUUUGAUAUAAUUACUAACAGAAAUAAGCCUGGAUCUAGUCUUCAAACAGCAAACAACGGAGAUACGCUAUCACCAGAUCCAUUCGAUUUGGGAAGCAUAGCCGAUAAUCUUCCUACGAGUACUGGAGCUGUUAAGAAAACACCGCAAUCGUUCCUCGGAGAGAAUUCUGCUCUUGUUAAUCUUGAUAAUCUCGUCAGUACAUCUACAAUCAAACCAACAACACCUACACCCGCAGCGGCCAUCACAUACUCAGCAAAUCCGUUUGCGACGGCAACACCACCACCCCGUCCUACAAUCAAUCAGAUUCGACAAGAUCCUUGGGCAGCGAAUACGACUACUACAGCAAAUCCGUUCCUCUCGUAGCUUGGUGAUCAUUUGAUAAAUGUCAGUCGAAAAUCAAGAGCACUGUGGUUUAAAAAAAGUAUUCGAGGUUUUUAGCGGUAACCCUGUACGGUAUAAGUUUCUUGCUCGUUAUGAAAUAACAUUAUUUCAAGAUAUAAACGAGAAACAAACGAUAAACACUGUCUUGUUAAACAACUAAGUAUUUAUUACGCUCGUUUUAGAUUUUCAAGGUAACUAAUUAAAUUUCUUUUAAAACUGGUCAAAGUAACAAACUAACGUCUAUGAUCUUAAAGCAGUGACAAGAAUGGUGUGGGAAAAAUACAUCACGAGAUAAAUCUGUACAGAUAAAUUUUAAAAGAACGUAUGUAAUAGCAAUAUUUGCUUCUAAAUAGUAACUAAAAAGUUUUCCAAACAUUUCUAUUCUUUUCUUAGAAGUGUUUGUGUCUACUAUCAUUUUAGUUAUUCUUAUUUUAUUGCGCGUACUAAUAAACGAAUGGGGAACUGUCUUAAGAAAGCUAAUAUAUAAUAAAUCAAAUAAUGAAUGAAAGGAAUACAAGUCGUAUUUCAACUUCGAAUGCUUGUACGCUCCCAAGGUAUAACUAAAUUUUAUAAGGACUUUUUCCAUAUAUAGUAUAUUUUUUAAGUACUGUUCGAAUUGGUAAUAAAUCAUUGAACAACACUUUUAUUAGAUUGUAGGGUAUAAAGUAACAUUGAUGUUAAGAUGAUUUUCUUUGUUUUAUAUUCAUGUACAUGUUUUUCUACAGCUAAUGAGAUCGUGAGACUGUAAUCGUAAUUUGCAAAAAUAUAUUAUAUCGAACAGGGUUCUUUAAUUUAUGUUAUACGUUUAUAUAUGACACGCAAUUGAUUGUGAUUCGUGAAAUAUUCUUGUCAUAGCAUGCCUUUUAUGACUAAUACCCAUCUUACGAGAAGAGAUGUGUAUAUUAGCGAUAUGAUAGGUCGUUUACUAACACUUCAGAAUACUUGAAGAUGGGACAAUUGAGCAAUUUUAUGAUCGCAAAAGUAAUAUAUCAAACUUUAAAGUCAUUACGGUAAAUACCAUAUGUACAAGUUUAACUUCAGUUUGGAAAUUUUAUGCAUUUAAUUUGAAUGGUUAUUGAACAUCGACUUCGUGCACUGUCAAGAACAAAGCGUAGCGUAAACUAAUGUGCAUUUUCUUAUUAAUGAAGAAUUUAAUCAAAGCGUUUUAUUCUUUAACAGAAACAUAAUUUUUGAUGGUAAUUUUCCAGAUUAGGACAGUGUCUUUAUUCGUUCGACUGUCGGAUUAAAUGAACGAUCAUGAUCUGAUAAUGAAAGGUAACGCGGAGAACCGCGUUACUUUCUUUAUACACGAAACAAUUUACGAUUGUACCUUGAUUUAUAAUUAAAAAAGAAUUGUAAAUAUGUUACAGCAUAUCGUUCCCCGGUUGUCAAAUAAGUUGCUUCUACAGCAAUUCGGUUAAAAUCUGAAGGGUUUUGUAACAUUUUACCAAUUAUUUCCUGUUUUUUUUUUUUUUUUUGUCCAGGAAAUAUUACUCAGUUAAUUAUUGUAUAUUUUGUAAACAUUUUUCAAGACUAUAGUUGCAACCCUGUAAGACGGAAAUGUGAUUAACUAUUUAACAUUCUAAUCAUUGUAUUAGUGACUUUUUUGAAGGAUUAAUUUAUCGAUAGUCGCAAAUGCAAACUCGGCAUUUCCAUUUUAGAAAUGUAAAUGCAUUUUACAGUUUUUAUACAGAAGAAACUGUUUCCAUAUGUUUAACAAUUGGCAAAGGGGAACUAUAUUUGUCUAUUUGUUCUAAGUAAACCAUAUAUGAAUUGCACGAUUAAAAUUGUGUUAGGUAAAUAUUGCUUAAAUAAUUCCAUUGUAUUAUUCUUCGUUAAAUUAAUAACUUUUCUUUCUUUAUGCAUUUUCAAACGUAAUUGCUUAUAUAUUUGAAAUUGUAUAUUUAAUGCGUAUUUAUCCAAAUGUUCGCGAAAUAAUGAAGUUGGGUCUACAUGAUAAGCCUUCAAUUUUCUCAUCAACUUCAAUUUCAGAUUACAUUAUAGACCGACAACGAUCUAUUCUUAUUGCUUUUAUAGAAGAAAAAAAAAGAAGUAUUGCAUUCAAUCGUUGUGCCUAUCGAUAUACAUGUAAACGUGUUAUACCGUAUGAAAUUUGUUUCAGCUAACUAGAUACAUAAGAUGCAUUUUUUUUUUAUAAACGUAUUAACGAAAAGCUAUUUUUCUUUUUAUGUAAAUGUUGUACAUGCACGUUCUUCAUUUUUACGCGAACAAUGGAACACUGUUUAGUUUUUAGUUGGUGUAAGUGCAGAGAAAGUUUAAAGAACAUUUAUGAAUGAUUAUAUAUUUUAGUAGAGUAUAUUAUUAUUAUUAUUAUUAUAUAAAUAAAUGUAAAAAUUUUUAA